UGGUGGACUGGCGGCAAUUGGGAAAUGGCCAAGUUGUUUGCGUUAGCUUGUCUCCGAAAUGAAGGAUGGGGUAACCUCUCGCCGCGACCUCACUACCCCUCCAUGCCCCGCUACCCCAAGGGGGCUGCCACCACCGCCGACGUCGACGGUUCCGAGCUCACCGCCCUUUUCUCCGUCGUCGGAAUGAGUUGCUCCGCCUGCGCUGGAUCCGUCGAGAAAUCCAUCAAGCGCCUUUCCGGAAUUCGCGAAGCCAUCGUCGAUGUCCUUAACAACCGUGCUCAGGUCCAAUUUUACCCCUCCUUCGUUAACGAGGAGACCAUUCGCGAGGCAAUUGAAGAUGCAGGGUUCGAAGCCACGUUACUCAGAGAUGAGAUGAAUGACAAAGCUGUUCAACUAUGCCGCAUACAAAUUAAGGGAAUGACUUGCACAUCGUGUUCCUCAACCGUUGAAUCAGCUCUGCAAGCUAUUCCAGGCGUGGUGAAAGCCCAAGUGGCCUUGGCAACAGAAGAAGCUGAAGUUCACUACAAUACAAAUGUUGUUAGCCACAACCAAAUUUUACAAGCCAUUGAAGACACUGGAUUUCAAGCCGCGCUUAUCAGUUCCAGUGAAGAUUUGAGCAAGAUAGACCUUCUGGUCGAAGGUUCACUCACCGAUCAUUCCCUGAAACUGAUUGAAGACACUCUUCGGGCACUCCCGGGGGUCCUAGGUAUAGAUGUUGUUCCGGAAUUGAACAAAAUUUCGCUUUCUUAUAAACCAGACAUGACAGGACCUAGGAAUUUCAUUAACGUGAUUGAGGAAACCGGGUCUGGGAAUUUCAAGGCAAAAAUAUUUUCUGAAGAAGGAGGAGGACGAAGGGAUACUCAUAGAAGAGAGGAAAUUAAACAAUAUCAUAGAUCUUUCUUAUGGAGUUUGGUGUUUACCGUUCCUGUGUUUCUAACCUCUAUGGUGUUUAUGUAUAUCCCUGGAAUUAAGGAUGUGUUGGAUGCCAAAGUUGUCAAUAUGCUCACAGUGGGGGAGGUUGCAAGAUGGGUGCUUGCCACUCCAGUACAGUUCAUUCUGGGAUGGCGAUUUUAUUCUGGUUCCUACAAAUCAUUACGCCAUGGCUCUGCCAACAUGGAUGUUCUGAUCGCGUUGGGAACAAAUGCAGCAUACUUCUAUUCAGUAUACUCUGUCCUCAGAGCUGCUACCUCUCCAGAUUUCGAGGGUAAUGAUUUCUUUGAGACUAGUGCCAUGCUUAUUUCAUUCAUUCUGCUUGGUAAGUAUCUUGAGAUUUUAGCCAAGGGGAAGACAUCCGAUGCAAUUGCCAAGCUCAUGAACUUGACCCCGGACACAGCUAUAUUGUUAACUUUGGACAAUGAAGGGAAUGUUAUUGGUGAGCAAGAAAUUGACGGCCGAUUGGUUCAAAAGAAUGAUGCGAUUAAAGUUAUUCCUGGUGCAAAAGUAGCUUCGGACGGAUUUGUUAUAUGGGGCCAGAGUCACGUGAAUGAGAGCAUGAUUACAGGUGAGGCACGUCCCGUGGCAAAGAGGAAAGGCGACACUGUUAUUGGAGGAACUGUGAAUGAGAAUGGAGUUUUGCAUAUUAAGGCAACACGGGUCGGAUCGGAAAGUGCUCUUUCCCAGAUUGUUCGACUUGUUGAGUCAGCACAAAUGGCCAAGGCACCUGUGCAGAAGUUUGCUGAUCGCAUUUCGAAACACUUUGUGCCUCUGGUGAUCUUAACCUCAUGUACAACUUGGCUUGCCUGGUUUUUAGCUGGAAGAUUUCAUGCUUACCCGAAGUCUUGGAUACCAUCUUCCAUCGACAGCUUUGAGCUUGCUUUGCAGUUUGGAAUCUCUGUCAUGGUCAUAGCCUGCCCCUGUGCUUUAGGUUUAGCGACACCAACUGCUGUUAUGGUUGGCACUGGAGUUGGUGCAUCACAGGGUGUGCUGAUCAAAGGAGGGCAAGCAUUAGAAAGUGCUCAUAAGGUGAACUGCAUUGUUUUUGACAAGACAGGUACUCUCACCGUUGGGAAACCUGUGAUAGUAAAUACAAAACUAUUUACAAAAAUGGUACUCCCGGAAUUCUACGAACUUGUGGCUGCAACUGAGGUGAAUAGUGAGCAUCCACUGGCUAAGGCCAUUGUUGAGUAUGCCAAAAAAUUUAGAGAUGAAGAGAACCCGUCUUGGCCGGAAGCACAGGAUUUUGUAUCUAUUACUGGACAUGGAGUAAAAGCCACUGUUCGCAACAAGGAAAUAAUUGUCGGUAAUAAGAGCUUGAUGGCCGACCAUAAGGUCGCAAUUCCUGGUGAUGCUGAAGAUAUACUUGCUGAAGCGGAAAGGAUGGCUCAAACGGGAAUUUUAGUAUCUAUAAAUGGGGAAGUAGCUGGGGUUUUAGCUGUUUCUGAUCCAUUGAAACCAGGUGCUCAAGAAGUCAUUUCCAUUCUCAAGUCUAUGAAAAUUAGGAGCAUCAUGGUGACUGGGGACAAUUGGGGAACUGCGAAUUCUGUCGCCAGGGAAGUUGGAAUUGAAAGUGUUAUUGCUGAGGCCAAACCUGAGCAGAAAGCUGAGAAAGUGAAAGACUUGCAGGCUUCAGGGUACACUGUGGCUAUGGUGGGCGAUGGUAUCAAUGAUUCACCUGCACUUGUAGCAGCCGAUGUGGGAAUGGCAAUAGGUGCUGGUACAGACAUUGCCAUUGAGGCGGCCGAUAUAGUCCUUAUGAAGAGCAACUUGGAGGAUGUCAUAACUGCUAUUGACCUUUCCAGAAAAACAUUUUCCCGUAUACGUCUGAAUUACUUUUGGGCUUUGGGUUAUAAUCUUCUUGGCAUCCCAAUCGCUGCUGGAGCUCUUUUCCCUUCUACAAGGUUUCGAUUGCCACCCUGGAUUGCUGGGGCUGCUAUGGCUGCUUCUUCUGUCAGUGUUGUUUGCUGUUCUCUGAUGUUGAAAUAUUACAGGAGACCCCGGAAGCUGGACAACCUCGAGAUACGGGGCAUAAGGAUCGAGCAUCAUCGGGUGAAAUGAUGCAUGACAAUUUAGGGUUUUGUUUGAGCUAAUUAUGUGCAAUUAGGACUCUAUAGAGCAUCGGGGGAUAAGGAUGUGAAAACUGAAAAUUAUUGAAACACCCAAGUGCAGUGCAUAUUGGUUGAUGUUUUGAAUGUAUGUAACAUAAAGUGUACAAAAAUGAAAAGGAUUAU